AUGUUUGCGGGUACCGUUGGCGCCGCCAUAGCUUUUUUGACAAUUGGAUUCGCCAAGGACGUUGGGUAUGCCUUUGGAGACAACCUCUCCGAGUAUACUCAGCAUCGCGUCUUAAUCAUUUUUUGGAUCGGAUUAUGGAUGUUGGAGAUUUCGAUCAACAGGAACGAUGCCCGUUGCCGAGACUUCCUUGAUGAUCUUGCCAGCAGAGACCAACCAAAGAUCAAACUGGCAUACCAAUUCUUCUCAUUCUUCAUGGCAUUCGGAAACGAACUAGGAUACUUGGCUGCCUUAUUUAGUAGAUUCGAUGUUAUGUUGGCAUUCACCGUGACAAAAGCAUGUGAUAGGUUCUGCGCAAAUGUGAAAAGCAUAUCAAUUUUCUCAAUUCUUCUUCUACCAUUUUUGACGGCGGUGACUGUGUUCUGCAUCCAGAACAAGCAAGCAUUACCUGAGGAGGAGUCAAUAGAGAGGGAAGAGGAAAAUGACAGAUGCACACUAGUUAAAUGCUUCUGA